AUGUUCAAAGAUUAUUCUCGUUGCAGCCAUUGCUCUAAACGACCAUGGGACUCACAAAAGGUCAUUGGUGGUUGUAGGCCAUACAUCUAUUUUUUGACAGAUGAACACAGAGUAUUGCGGACACCUUUGUCCUGCCUCAGAUCAGAUAGAAUAUUGAACAAUCUGGAGCGGUUGGAGCUGCCUCGCUUGAAUGCAUUGGCGCCCAUCUCACGCCACCACUACACUGAUUUUUGUGGGCUCUAUGGUCUUAAUUGUGACGAUCAGGUCCUUCGGUUUGGUCCAGACCUUAGCAGAUGGGCACAACCACAAGAGACUUCGCAGGCCCGAGAUAAGAUCACAGAAUCUCUUAAUGAGCUCGAGAAGCUAUCCGACCAAGCAAACCAGCUUCAGACAAGGUGUCAGCUUGAAAAUCAACGGAUAGUCUCGUUGAAUGAGCUAAUCUUUGAAUUGCAGCAGUAUGCCUUAUCACAGCGUGACGAUAAAGAGGACUCAUUGUUGGACAGCUCUCCAGCAAAGUUAUCUCUUACAGCGUUUUCACAACCCAUGAUCACUGCUAGUAAUAGUGAGAUUAUGCGCUAUUUUAUUCGCUUGAAAAUGGAGUCAGCUCUGAAUAUUGAUUGGAAUAAUGGCUGGUCAGAAAAUAUUCCUAAAAUGUUAUUGUAA